AAUUAGUUCUUAAUCUGUGCCAAGAAAUGACACUAGUCAUCAAUGAGAAUUAAGAAUCUCAACUGUUAAUUUUCUCUGAUUAUAGUUAUGCUUAAAUCUUUAAAUAAAAUUUGUUUCCCUACCUUCAUAAACUUGACAUUGGCAAAUAGUUGAAACUUAUUGCCAUAAAGGAAGAAAAAAAAAACUGUUAAUUGCCAAUGUAAAUUAUUCGUCUUCUUAUACUAAAAUAGGUACAAAUUACAAAAUUGAAAUAAGAAAAGAGACGAUAAAGCGUCGUGUGUAGUCCUGUCAUAACAAAUGUGAACUCAAUUCUCGUAUUUACUUAUACGCUUAAAAUAUUGUAGAAAAAUUUAAUUAAAAUCUUUGUUUACAAAUCAAAGUAAAUACCUCUAAAUUGCAAUAAUGGGUGGAGGUGACUUGAAUUCAAAAAAAUCAUGGCAUCCAAAUACUAUGAAAAAUCAAGAAAGAGUCUGGAAAGCUGAACAAAUAGCGGCAGAAGAGAAAAAACGCAUACUAGAAUUACAGCAGGAGCGAGCCCAAGAGAGAGAUCGCCAUGAACUCAAUGAGUUAGCCCGGAAAAAUACCUCGGCAACAAAUAAUGCUUCAGAUAAUCGCUUGGAUUGGAUGUACAAUAAACCUGACAAGCAAGUUCAACAAGAAGACUAUCUCCUUGGUAAAGCCAUUGAUAAGAGCUUUGAUCAAGGUGAUAAAGCGGAACAGAAUGAAAUUCCAGCAGUGGCACGAAGAGUUGUUGGAUCUAGUAUGUUGUCAUCUACAAGUGAUGUGCAAGUUGAUUUGGCCAGAAAAAUUAGAGAAGAUCCUUUACUUCUGGUAAAAGAAAGAGAAAGAGCAGCACGAGCAGCUUUAUUAAAUAAUCCUGUACAGAGGAAGCGUCUAGCAGAGUUAUUACGCCAGGAACAAGAACAAAAAAAGGCUCAAAAGAAAAAGAAGAAAACUAAAAAGGCAGAUAAUGAUUUAGAUAAUAUUUUAGCUGCAAAAUUAAAUGCGCUAAGCUCAAGCAAAGUCGAUCUAGUUAAACUUCUUGAUUCUGAUGAUUCAUCGGAUGGCUCUUCUGAUGAAGAAGAGCCAAAAAAGAAAAAAAAGAAGAAGAGCAAGAAACAUAAGAGUAAAGACAAAAGAAAAGAUGAAGGAAAGAGUAGAAGUAAGAAACUUAAAAAACAUAAAAAAUGUGAAAUUGAUAAUGAAGAAUCAUCCCAAGAAAGCAAAAGUCAUAAGAAUAGUUCUAAGCGUAAAAGUAGCUUUAGUGAUGAUGAUCUGAGCACAAAGAAAAAACACAAAGUACAUCAUAAAAUUAACAGCCAAGAAUCCUGUGAUUCAAAUGUAAAACAGCCUCAUUAUUCAAAACACUCUAAGUAUGAUCAAGAUGUAGAUUAUGGUAAGAAGGAAGAGAAAAAAUAUUCAAAAGAAAAAAAGAAAAUCGUUGGUGAUGAUGAUUAUAAAAGAGAAAGUAGAACAACAAAAAACUCCAAUCAUGAAAGAAGUAAACAUAAAAAUGAACACACACAUUAUCAAAAUAGCAUCAAGGAAGAUAGAAAAAUUAAUAGUAAGGUUAGUUUGAGUGAAGAGGAAAAAGCAGCAAAACUAGCAGAAAUGGCUGCGGCGGGUGCUGAACGAGAAAUACAAAGAGGGAGGCGUGUUGCGGCUCAAUUAGCUGAGAAUUCAGCAGCCGAGAAGAGUGUUAUGUCACGAGGUUUAUCACGAAAUGAAGCACGCGCUUUACCGGAUUCCCUUGAAAGUAGAAUUCACUCCAAUAGACAUUAUAUUCAAAGGGAUCAGCGACACAUGAAUGAAAAUUUUGCUAGGAGAUGAUUAAUAAAAAUCAUUUGAUGAUUUUUUAUAAUUUUAUUGUUUCUACAUUUCUACUAUAAA